AAUCGAUCCCAAAGAAGAGGACAAUAGGAGCAGAAAAAGCAUACAAACCAAGACACAAAAGAACUGACAGUACAUCAUUCUGGUUAAAGUCCAAUGCCCGCCGUGAACACCGUGCUGGUUGUCACUGUUGCUACCGUUGUUCCCGGAUAGACAACACUACGACGCAGCAGAUCAAGACGACACGACAACGCUUUUGUCAAAGCACAUCCCCUGUGAUCAUUCUCUGCCACCGACAAGUUAUGAUGGCUAAGCCGUGGAAUGAUCACCGCCACACCAUUGUGCGCCUGUACAUCAAUGAAGGGAAGACCCUGCAGGAAGUCCGCGCCAUCAUGAAGUCCCAGUACAAGUUUGAGGCCUCGGUCCGUUCCUAUCGCCAGCACUUCGACCAGUGGCGAGUCGGCAAGUACAACUGCAAGAAGCGCAUGCUCCGCCGCCGCCAGUCCCAGGCCAACCGGCCGCUGCUCCCCUCGCCGCCGCGAACUCCCGUCGAGUACGUGUACGCCUCCUCCCCCACGGAGUCCAUCUCGGAGGGCGCCACCGUCGGGGCGUCGUCGCCCGAGUCCAUCGCCUCGACUCGGCGGAGCAGCCAGCACACCCCAGAGCAACGGCCGCUGCCCGACCCGUCGGCGCAGCAGCAUCGCUUCAUGCCGUUCUUCGAAGGCAAUCCCACCCAGGAGCUGCCCCUGCGAGAGAAGACUUCCCCACGCGCCCGGGGCUUGGAUGCCGUGGGACCGGCGCCCACCAACAUCUGGGACGACGAGUUGCAAGUCGUGCUCCGCGACAACGGCAUGGCCGAGGACCUGAUGCCUCCGUUCGUCAAACCUCCCUCUCUCCCAUCCAACCAGUGAACAUGGUCCUCUGACAAGCCCUGUAGCAUUCUCGACGUACAAGGCGUUGAGCGCAAGUACCUGCCUCCCGUGACCUGCCCCGACGCCCCGAGCUGGGACAUGGUUCGUUCGUCAACGGCGCCGAACUACCAGCUCGGCAGCCCGGAUGGCGACUACUACCGGCUCCCGUA